CCCCCUCGGGGCGUUUGCUCAGCCCUAGGGGUCUUCCCCAGCCGCGCCACCUGGGCUGGAGCCCUGACGUGCGCCCUGGCACCAGCCGCUGGGUGGGUGCGGGCGCUGGCCUCGGGUGCUCGCUCGUGAAGAGCCACAGAGUUGCACCGUUUAGCGGUUGUUGCGGCUGCACUUGGCUAGGGGGCCUCGCAGGACUCUCCGAGGAGGCGGCGCGUUUGAUUUGAGAGCACUUUAGCAUCUCCUUGGGGUGCUUUCCUCUCUCUCCAGCUGGCUCUAGCAAGCAUCAUGAGGUUCCUAAGUCGUUUUACCAUAUCUUUUGAUGCCUCCGAAGAAGAAACGUUCCCACAAGGCCAGGAAGGCAGAGCUGGUAUUCCUUGAGAGGCCGCGAGAGGGACCCGUCCAUUGCCGUGAAACUCUGCUACCUUCGGCUGAGAAUCCAAGACGUGUUCCCACAAAACCUCUAGAUCACACCACCUCUGUUGCCUGGGUGUGCCCACAAUUUGAAACAACUAAGUCAGCGGUGUUGAAAGUGUGCCAGAAGAAACAUCGUGAUCCUCACAAACCCAAGAAUCAGGAUGCCACCCAAAGUUUGCUUCAUGCAGGAGGAUCUUGUCAAAGAGCUAUAGCCUGCAAAUUUCCUCCUUUAACUUUUGAGAAUCCAGAAGGAUAUCAUCCAGUCCAGCCCUCAGAUUGUCUGACUCGCUCAGGGAAGAACACACAGCACUCUCACAGCCAGCCCAAGAAAGGGACAGCAGCAAAAGCCGAGAUCCAGGUGAACAGUCCAGAGGACUGUAGAGAAAUACCUUUGUUUCCUGAUCCCCAGCCUGUAGAGCCAGAAUUCUUUAAUCCACCAGAUAUAGAGACUCCACAGGUGCCUUCCGUAAGGAACCAGAGAUGCAGCAGCACUCUGCCACAAGCAAGUAGCCGUGCCUGGUAUCCAGAAAAAGAGCUGACAUUCGGUAUUGAUCCCUGUGGGACAGGGGAGUCAGCAGCAGUGCUGGUUACAGAUACUCCCGAGCAUGAGUAUGGCGUGAAGGUGACUUGGAGGCGGCGGCCUCAUCUAAUGAAAUACCUGCGGGAGCAAGGGAAGCUGAGUGCUGCUGAUGUACUGGUGAAGGUACACCCCGAGCUCUCAAGGAGACGGGCCAACGUCUAACUU